AUGGACGCGACGGGCUCCACGAUAGGACCGGACCGGGGCCCGACUGUCCUCGCAGUCACAGUAUCAACACUAGUCCUGUGCUCUGUUUUCGUCUUUUCUCGGAUGGUGUGCCGUCUCGGAAUUGUACAUCGCGUCGGAUGGGACGACUUCUUCAUCGUACUCGCUUGGCUGAUUGCCUUUGGUCUCAGUCUCUCCAUUAUCUUGGGGACUCUGACGGGGCUCGGGAAACAUGACGAAAACGUCGCGCAUGACCAGCGGGCACGCCUACGGAUACGCGAAUAUGUCUUCUCUAUUCUCUAUAACCCUGCUCUCAUGGCCACAAAAACAUCCAUUCUCAUAUUUUACCUCCGGCUGUCCAAAAACACAAUCCAGGUCCUUCGCCUAGGAUCCUAUAUUGUUCUCAUUAUUGUCAACGUUGCUGGCAUUGUCCUUACUUUCCUCAACAUCUUUCAGUGCCGGCCUGUCGAUGCCGCGUUCAAGGACAUCACUGGACAGUGUAUCCCUCUCUUAACGGAGUUCAUCUGCUCUGCGCCCGUCAACAUCGUCACCGACUUGGCCAUCUUGGCUCUUCCAAUUCCAGUUCUGACCGGCAUGCACCUCCCUUCUCGACAAAAGACGAUCCUCGUUGUGACAUUUGCUCUCGGUAUCUUCGUGGCCAUUGUUGAUGUCGUUCGCAUUUAUUAUCUGCAGCAAGCGAUCAACGUUGUCCAUCCCAGCAGCUCCUCUGACCCCAACUCGAUAUUCGGAAACGGACCUGAUUUUGCCUGGAAUGCGUCUUUUUCUUUCAUGUGGUCCGCCGUUGAGGUCAACGUCGGCAUCACUUGCGCGUGCAUCCCAACCUUGAAACCUCUGAUGAUUAAAAUCUUCCCAGCUUUGGUGAUUGACCCAGACGGCCCCAGCUAUGGCUCUUCUUCUUACGCGAGAGGCCAUGAAACGUCAAACUCCUCUUCGCGGCGUGACGCACUCCAGAACACCCGUCCUACGGUAAUGGGUCACAACAGACCAGCCACCGAACCAUCGCAGCCAAAUCUCGCCAAAGAAACGCGGGCAGGAGGAGGGGCGACAGCCACAAGUGGUGAAGCUGUGCGUAUGACUGGUCGAGAUGGAAGCGGAGCCCAGCUGAUUCUUGAUGAGAGCGAAUCUGCUGCCCAGGGACAAAACGCGAGCCUUGGUUCUGUUGCUCCUCCUUGCCAGCCGGUUAUGGCAUCGGACCAGAUUUCUACUGCUGAUCGUGCACGGGGCGUACAACCAAGUAAUCCCAUUUCCGGCCAGAACGUCGGCGAUUCUGCCAACCCGAAUUCAAAAAGAUCUCGAUCCUUCUUAUCAGGAAUCGCAUCCACCACCCGCCACGCAAUUGCCGCGAUCGUCCCCAAACCUCAUUCCACAAAAUCUCAACCAUCCAAGUCUUCCAGCAACCGAAAAGGCGUCUAUUUUGGAUUCGUCAAGGUCAAUAUGCCAAAGAACAUGCUUGAAGCAUCUGCAUCUGAAUCUUGGAGGUAUUGCACCAUCGUGUCCAUUCUGUUCUUUCUCUGGGGGUUUUCCUAUGGGCUGCUAAACACACUAAACGAUGCGGUGGCCGUCGUGGCCAACAUGACAACUGCCCAAACGCUUGGCCUGACAAGCGCCUAUUUCGGAGGAGGAUAUCUCUUUGGGCCUCUUGUGGUCGGCGAGUGGGUUCUACGUCACGAUGAACACCACCGCAGGCGGCCAUCCAUGCCAUACCGUCAAAUUUCGCAUCGCGAAAAGCGUCAGCGCAGUAGGCAGGCCAGUGGCUUAGCAACAAUACCUGCAACAGCAGCCACCGUCGCCUCGGUCGCUACAUCGGCCGUGACAAAGCAUUCACACUACUCAGACUCAAGCGAAAAUCAAAUCGGCGGCUUCAAGGCAACCUUUAUGGUGGGCCUCUGUUUCUAUGGGAUUGGUACCAUCAUGUUCUGGCCUAGUGCUGUGCUGGCUUCAUUUCCUGGGUUUCUCAUCAGCAGCUUCGUUGUUGGUUUUGGCCUCAGCAUUCUCGAAACGGCUGCAAACCCGUUCAUUGUCUUAUGCGGUCCCAUGGAGUAUGCGGAGAUGCGAUUGCUCCUUGCGCAGGGGACGCAAGGAGUUGGAAGUGUCCUCAGCGGCCUUCUCGCUGACAACGUAUUCUUCAAUAAAGUCAAUGCAAUGGAAGACACCAAGGCGGCCGCACUGCUCGACGUUCAGUGGACCUACCUAGCGAUCACACUCUUUUGCGUGGUCUUGAUUUUGUUCUUCUACUAUAUGCCCCUUCCCGAACUGCACGACGCCGAACUCGAGUUUGCCGCAAGCCGAAUGCCGGUGAACGGCCAGAAGCGCACAAUUUUUGGUCUGCAGUUGCGCACUGUCUGCCUCAUCUUGGCAGUCUUUGCACAAUGGACGUACGUCGCGUCACAGGAAAGCAUGAGCAUCUACUUCCAACGUCUCGUCACGUCGUGGCUACCAGACCCGUCAACAGCAACCGGAAACAUGGCCGCAUUUCGGGUCGAUAUACGAGAUCUACCAGCAAUAGCCCUUAGCGUCGCCAUGGCCACCUCAAGGUCCGAUUCCAAUACCGGCUCUGACGCUCCCGAUCAUCUGGCCGUCUCCGUCCCGAACUAUUUGCUGAUUGUCCACACGGCGUUCUCGGUGUCACGAUUUUUCACCGCAUACGUUGUGUACCUAGGAGUCCAGCACCCAAAGAGCCGCUUGUUGCCAACACCACGUACUAUCCUGACCAUCUCGACGGCACUAGCGAUGUUGUUUGCUCUCCUCACCGUCGUCCUUCCACCGAGCCAAAAUGCCAACCUAAUCUUGGUGCCCGUGGCCUUGUUCUUCUUCGCUGAGGGCCCAAUAUGGCCGCUUAUCUUUGCCAUAGGAUUGCGCGGCCAGGGCGCACGCACGAAGCGUGCCGCGGCAUACAUCACCAUGGGCGCGUCCGGCCCGCUGUUUUGGCCAUUUGUCAUGUACGCAGUCAUGAAGCAGGGUGGUACCAUUCAAAUUGCAUUCAUCAUCGUGGUGGCCUUGAUGGCGGCAUGCACGGUCUACCCUCUAUUCAUAACCUUUUUCCGCGAUGCGCGCGAGCUGACCAAAGUGGCGCCAUAUGACUUUCAGCCAGGACAGGCGGCAGGCCAACAUCCGGCGCGGGGCUUUGUUGGUGAGCUCGACAUGACAAUACUGGGUGGAGGGCCGGACGGUAACAGUCCAGACCAAAACCAGGCUCCCAAAACGCAGCCGGAGCAAGACAUCGCCAGACAGCAGGACUAG